UGAAGAAAUGGCAACCGAGAGAAGGAGACUGAUGCUGGAGCUGGAGCUGAUUGAUAUUGAACAACAGCUCUUAUUGUACAUGUUACGACGACGACGAAGAGAGAGGCGCCUGCGUCGGUGGUCAGUCCGCCCGUCGAACAGCUCGAGGCAGACUACCGGCGAAUAUGUUGCUGUUGUCCGGCCGCUGCGUGACAUCGAUUCAGAGACUCACCUCAGGUACUUCCACAUGUCGGCGAGCAGAUUCGAUGACCUCCUUCGACGUGUGCAGCCUCUGCUUCAGCACCAGGGCACACACAGCAUGCCCGUUGAUGCUGCACAAAGACUGGCCGUGACCCUCAGGAUUUUAGCCUCAGGUGGAAGCCAGCAGGCUGUAGCAUCAAGCUACAAGCUCGCCUCCAGCACGGUGUCGGGCAUUGUGUCCGAGGUCUGCAAGGCGCUGUGGACGGCGCUACAGCCUGAAUUCCUGCCGUGUCCGACAUCAAGCCAGUGGGAAGCCAUAGCGGCGGAUUAUUGGCGCUUGUGGAAUUUCCCAAACUGUGUAGGAAGCCUCGACGGAAAGCAUGUUAACAUCCGAGCACCGCCUCACAGCAAAGGCUCUCACUCCAUCGUUCUGAUGGCGACCUGCGACGCCAGAUAUCGCUUCACCAUGGUUGACGUUGGAGGAUAUGGAAGGGAGAGCGACGUCGGCAUUUUCCAACGCAGCCAAAUCGGAGAAAUGCUGCUCGACCACAAGCUGGAUCUGCCCCCGCCAGCACAUCUUCCCGGGACCAGCAUCCUGGCUCCUCACCUGAUAGUGGCUGACGCUGCCUUCCCACUACACACGAACAUCAUGUGUCCUUUUCCUGGGACAAAUUUGGAUACUGGCAAGCAGAUUUUCAAUGACCGCCUUUCCAGAGUCAGAGGCAUCAUCGAAAACACGUUUGGCAUCAUGGCUGCCCGCUGGAGGAUUCUGGGAAGGACACUAGAAGUCCUACCUGACAAGGCGGUACAUGUGGUGAAGGCGUGUGUAGUGCUGCACAACUACCUCACCUACACUGAUGGGGUGAACACUCCAGAGAGCCCCUAUGUUCCACCACAAUUCACAGACACAGACUGUGCUGGGACAGUACAGCCUGGUGAGUGGCGUAGAGAGGUAGCUGGCAACACAAACAUGGCCCCCAUCCCACUGGCACAGAUGACGAGGGGUCGGCCUACCGGAGCAGCACUGGCUCUACGCGAUGACCUGGUGACAUUUUUCCAGACGGCACAAGGAUUGUGUCCCGUGGCAGACUUGGACAGACGUGAAGCCGUGCUCACACCUUUAUAACUACACAUUGUAUGAAUGUUAUUGAUAUGGUCAUAUUGUUACGUGCACUGACAAACUUUUGCAAAAACCUUAUUUGUGGCAUUGUAA